GUUGCGUCCGUCCAAGCCAUCACAUAAACAUUUCUUUUACCAUUAAUUAAGAGUAUUAUUGUGUUGCUUUUUGUUGUAAACCAUGGCCAAUUUUGCCAAGGUGUUGCUGCUCCUCGCCUCGGUGGCCACUUUCGCGUAUACUUUUUUCGUGGUUGGGAAGCUGAUGCUGUUUCUCUCCACACCUCGCUCCAUCUCGAAGGCACACACUUGGAUUUUCAAUUUACUGGACAACAAGUCCCGGCUGGAGACCGCCUAUGGCCCGAUUGUGUUCGACACACUCUACCUGAUCGGAUUCAUCUUCCAGCACAGCUUCCUUAAGUCAGCACUGGUGAAGAAUUUGUGGCGCACAUUGGGCCUGGCUGCCGCAGAGCGAACUAUUUAUAGCCUGACGUCAUCGAUUUGUUUACAUUAUCUGCUGAAGAACUGGCUGCCUGCUCAGUCGAUUGUCUUGUGGCAAAUUGAUGUGGACGAGAGUGCUCCACUCUGGUGGACUUUUGUGGUCACCCAUGGCCUUGGCUGGGCGGUUAUCUUCGGCGGCAGCCUCAUAAUGGAUCUGCCAGAGCUCUUGGGUAUCAAGCAGGUCUACUAUGACCUCAAAGAGUAUGGCGAGCCAAUUGCCUACAAGUCGAACGAGCUGCGUAACCUCUACUCCCAUGUGCGUCAUCCUUCCUUUGUGGGCCUCUCGGUCAUCCUGUUUGCCACGAAUGUGAUGAGCCUGGACCGCCUGCUGCUGGCCUCGCUGCUCACCGUGUACAUGUACGUGGCCUGGUCCACGGACGACAAGGAUGUGGCCUACCAGAAGCAGCAACUGCAGUGCAAGAAACACGAGCUGAAGGCUCAGUAAAUCAAAAAUAACUUCUCAUUUAGAUCUAGUACUUAUAUUGACACAUUAAAGACUAACUCAUCCUCACAAUGGAUGGAUCAAA